AUGUUGGCAAGGUUGGCCCUUCUGAGGCCUGUGAGGGAGAGAUCUGUUCCAGGCCUCUCCCUGGCUUGUAGAAGGCUGUCUUCUCCCUGUGUCUCUUCACACUAUCUUUCCUCAAUGCAUAUUUGUGUCUGUAUCCAAAAUUCUGUCUGCGACCUUACCAGGAACAUCAUUAGCAUUCAUAUUUCUGGCAACAUUCUGUUCAUGAUGAUGUAUGUGUUUUCUAAGACAAUAGGAACUUUCCCUACAGCUCUUCUCUUUGAGUUCUUAACCAGAAUCUCUUUUAAUGUCCGUGUUUCUAUUGGCAAGCCCUUCAAGGGACACAAAAAUCCCUAG